AUGAUAUUGGAAAUAUUAAUAUUUGUGAUAACAGUGAUUAUUACAUACUAUUUCUAUAGUAGUUGGAAAAUAAAAAACUACUUCAAACAACGAGAUGUGAAGUACAUGCCCGGUGUGCCGUUUUUUGGCAAUAUAUUUCAUUCUACUUUUCUAAUCAAGCAUUUUCUGGACGACCUUCAAAGUGUUUACGAUGCUUUCCCUGAUGAAAAAUACGUUGGCUUCCUGGAGAACUUGGCACCGGUACUGAUGAUAAAGGACCCGGAACUGAUCAAGUCUAUCACUAUUAAGGACUUUGACCAUUUCACUGAUCAUAAGGAGUUCUUCACGACAGAUUCCGAACCCUUGUUCGCGGGCAGCCUGCUGAUGAUGAAAGGUGAUAAAUGGCGCCAAAUGAGAACGACUUUAAGUCCAGCGUUCACCGGGUCUAAAAUGAAGAUGAUGCUGCCUUUAAUCGUGGAUAGCGCUGACAAUAUUAUCGAGUAUUUGAAUGAUCAUCAAUUUGAAGAUAUUAACGUAGACGACCUGAUGCGCCGGUACACGAGUGACGUCAUAGCGACUGCUGCCUUUGGUCUGAAGGUCAACUCUUUGAAAGACAGAGAUAAUGAGUUCUACAGAGUUGGUAGCUCUCUGUUUGAAUUCACCCUUACUCAGAGACUACUGAUGUUCAGUACUCUAUUCCCUUCAGUCUCAAAGAAACUUGGAACUCGUCUAUUUCCCGAGACGACGUAUAAUUUCUUCAGGUCAAUCGUUUCAUCUACAUUGGAAUAUAGAAAGAGAGAAAAAGUAGAGAGACCUGAUAUGAUCCAACUACUCAUGGAAACACCAAAAGAAUGGACCCCGGAUGAACUGACAGGCCAAGUAUUCAUAUUCUUUGCUGCUGGCUUCGAAACAUCUGCCAGUGGACUUGUCAUGGCUAUCCAUGAGCUAGCAUUACACCCUGACGUCCAAGAGCGAUUGUACCAGGAGAGCAGCCAGUUUAAGAACGAUAAGGAACUUACAUUUGACAAACUCAGCCAACUGAAGUACUUGGAAUGUGUGAUUAAUGAAACUCUGAGGAUAUGGUCCCCAGCUAUCUUUAUGGACAGAACCUGUGUGAAGACUUAUGAACUGCCUCCACCCAGAGAGGGUGGAAAACCAUGCAUUGUUAAACCAGGUGACGUUGUUUACAACAUGGUGAACUGUCUACAUAUGGAUCCGAAGUACUUCCCUGAGCCAACAGUCUUCAAUCCUGACAGGUUCUCAGAAGAGAACAAGCAUAACAUCCAGCCUUGUACCUUCGCACCAUUUGGGGGAGGUCCAAGGAUUUGUAUUGGAUUAAGGUUUGCUAUGAUGGAGAUCAAGGUUCUACUGCAUCAUAUUAUAAUGAACUUCAAGAUUGUGAAAACGAAGAAAACUUCGGAUCCCAUCAAGUUGAAGCCUCAUAUGUUUAAUAUUAGGGCUAUGAAUGGUACUUGGGUUAGUUUCGAGAAAAGGCAGUAA